GAAAGUACAAAUGAGGAAACAGAAACACAGAAAAGGAAGUGGGAGAUGGCGAAAUCGGUGAGGAAUCUCACCAAGGGACUCAAAGCUAUUGAAGACUUGGAACUUCUCAAGCUCUUGAGAUCCGAGAUCAGUUUCGAACUUUCUUCUAAUCCAUUUCAGGGUGCCGAAACUGGUUCGUUAGGGGAAUUCGUGGUGGACUAUGAUUCGCCACGGUCAAAAGACGUGGUUUUCCGGAGGAAACUCUAUUCGGGUGAGGAAGUUGCAGUUUCUGCUCAAUUGGGUCCUCCUAACUAUGAUAAUGACCUCGUUUUUCAAAGGAAUGCUUUUGCCAAAGUGUGUGUGAAGAAGCCUUCAUUCAGCUCCAUUUUGCAGUUUGAUUGUCAGGUUUAUCAAGUCGAUGAUAAGAGCUCUGAAUUCAGCAUUGAUGGUGCUUAUUAUCUCAGAUCAUCCAUGUCUUUGAGUCCUUCCAUUUAUAAAGGCCCCUUCUUCAGCGAAUUGGAUAGUAAGUUGCAAGAUGCACUCAAGGAAUACCUCAUAUCUAAAGGUAUUGGAACAAGCCUCACCAAUUUCAUCCUCCACUAUCUACACAAGAAAGAGCAGCAGCAAUAUGUGAAUUGGCUGAAAAAAGGUGAAGAUUUUCUGACCAAAAACUGAGCCAUCUAGUCCAUUUUCUAGGAAAAUUCUACAUAGUUCUGCAGAGUUCCAAUACUGUUAGUAUUGUCACUUGUCAUAGUAAAGGGAAUUGUGUAUCAAAUGCUCAAUUUUUUCUAAUUAUGUUGUCAAUUCUUAUAGCAUUCACAUAAUGACACUGAUGAAUUUAGGUGUAGAAUCAUUUCUUA